AUGCGUGAGUGUAUCUCUAUCCACGUCGGUCAAGCUGGUGUUCAAAUCGGUAACGCUUGCUGGGAACUUUACUGUCUUGAACACGGCAUCCAACCUGAUGGUCAAAUGCCAUCUGAUAAAUCCGUUGGUGUCUGUGAUGAUUCAUUUAAUACCUUCUUCUCCGAAACAGGAGCUGGUAAACAUGUUCCCCGUACAGUGUUUGUCGACUUGGAACCUACCGUUGUCGAUGAAGUCCGUAAUGGUACCUACCGUCAAUUGUUCCAUCCAGAACAGCUGAUCACAGGCAAAGAAGAUGCUGCCAAUAAUUAUGCCCGUGGUCAUUAUACCAUUGGAAAAGAAAUUGUUGAUUCUGUCCUCGAUCGUAUUCGCAAACUCGCAGACAAUUGUACUGGUCUUCAAGGAUUUUUGGUAUUCCACUCCUUUGGAGGUGGUACUGGUUCUGGUUUCGGUGCUUUGCUCUUGGAACGUCUCUCUGUAGAUUACGGAAAGAAGUCUAAAUUGGAAUUCUCUGUCUAUCCUGCUCCUCAAGUUUCAACUGCUGUUGUAGAACCUUAUAAUUCAAUUCUUACAACUCAUACUACGUUGGAGCAUUCGGAUUGCGCUUUUAUGGUCGACAAUGAGGCCAUCUAUGACAUUUGUCGCCGUAAUCUUGAUAUAGAAAGACCUACUUAUACGAACUUGAACAGAUUGAUUGCCCAAGUAGUAUCUUCCAUUACUGCUUCUCUACGAUUUGAUGGUUCAUUGAACGUCGACUUGACCGAAUUCCAAACCAAUCUUGUCCCAUAUCCUCGUAUCCAUUUUCCGUUGGUUACAUACGCUCCAGUUAUUUCGGCUGAAAAAGCCUAUCAUGAACAACUUACCGUUGCUGAAAUCACCUACUCUUGCUUUGAACCAAACAACCAAAUGGUUAAGUGUGAUCCUCGUCACGGCAAAUAUAUGGCUUGUUGUUUGUUAUAUCGUGGUGAUGUCGUCCCUAAAGAUGUCAACGCCGCCAUUGCUACCAUCAAGACUAAACGCACCAUCCAAUUUGUCGAUUGGUGUCCUACUGGUUUCAAAGUUGGUAUUAAUUAUCAACCUCCAACCGUCGUUCCUGGUGGUGAUCUUGCUAAAGUUCAACGUGCCGUUUGCAUGUUGUCAAAUACAACUGCCAUCGCUGAAGCUUGGGCACGUCUUGACCAUAAAUUUGAUUUGAUGUACGCCAAACGUGCAUUCGUUCAUUGGUACGUCGGUGAAGGUAUGGAAGAAGGUGAAUUCUCUGAAGCACGUGAAGAUUUGGCUGCCUUGGAGAAGGAUUACGAGGAGGUGGGAACUGAUUCUCUUGAAGGUGAAGAAGAGGAGGCUGAAGAAUAUUAA